GACACCCCUGCUGGCUAACUCAUUAAUCCCAGCGUCAGAAUCGUCGCCUCUGACACACACAGGGAGCAAUGAAGACACUUCUAAUCUGGGAGCUGAUGAGCGCAUCUCAGAGUGUCACCUUCCAAUUAUGACAUUAGCGUCGAUCGGGGCACCGCCCAGGCACACGGAGCUUAAGAAGGCCGAGCGCGGCGCAAGCGAGUGAGGAGACCGCGGGCGACGAGGCUCAGGUGGGAGUUCAACUCGCUCAGGCGCUCGGCCAUGGAUCACGAAACGUCACCCAAGAGGCAGCCGCCCGGCUACGUUCCGUGGCUGCCGCUGGGUCAAAAGGUGUUCACGAGCAAGACUGGCCUCCUCAUCUUACUGGAAAUCCUGUGCUGCGCCGUGGUGUGGGCGCUGCUCGCCGCCUCGCGGCUGCCGCGCGCCUUCCACGCGUACCAGGGCUUCUGCAUGUUCGUGCCGGUGUUCCUCUUCGUCGCCUCCCUCGUGCAGCUGCUGCUCUACGCGACGCGUGUGCCCGAGCGCGCCCAGCUGCCCUGGUCCUUCCUGGCCAACCUGAUGGUCUUCAACGACGUCGAGUCGUACUCCGCCAUCGUCUACAAUCUCAACAUCGCCGCCUCGGUGAUCUCAUUUUACACGACUCUUCUCUACUUCAUCAGUGCCGUGGUCAGCGUCAAGAGGCGAACUUUCUACUGAGAUUGACCCCGCCCCGCCCCCGGCUCUUGGCUAAAGAUCAGUUCCACGUCGCAGCCUUCGUCAGCCACUUCACGCACCACGCGCACAGUGACACAUUGUACCCGGACUCCCAAGGCAUUCGGUCAAGACUCAAGCCUAACACGGUUUCCUAGUUCCACGUGGAAAUUAAUAUCAGUUAAUACAACUCUCAAGAGCUCAGUGAAGUGCAUCAUCCCACUGGGUUAAUAAUUUGUUAUUGCCACGCUUGUUUACCCAGGAAAGCCUCACUGAGUUUAAUGACUCUUUUUCAGGAGGGUCCUGAUUCGUGUGUUGUACAUUCCAAUUCAGUAAAUUUGCGGUGUGUAAUUCAUAACAUUUGGCAAAUUUAGAACAAGACUGUGGCAUAGAAUGACCCACUCUUGCGAAUGACGUCACGGAAUCUUUAACGCCCACUGUGCAGCAGAUGGCGCGUACUAUUUAUACGGUCAAUGCACACGCGGCAUUGACCAGGGCGGGCGCUGGAAUCGAACCGCGGGAUCUCUGCAACAACGAGCAGAGAAUUUGGCAACCGUUGGGCUGCGACAUUGUCCCAAUUCUCAUUGAGACUCGAUCUCAAGCAUCACUGCUUUGAGUUUAAAAAGGAAAACUGUUUGGAUGGAUGCAUUUUUUUAAAAUAUAUACGCUAUCUGUCAUAAGACUACAUGUAGAGUACAAGAAUAAACACUGAUUAUUCUUCAUCACUGAUUAGUCUUUAUCAUUCCCAGCUAUCCGUGCAACAGAGGCGAAUCGUUCUACAUGUCCCCAGUACUUCUCUUAGACUGCUCCUCCGCUAAGUUCCAUUGAGCGAGGAGGUCUACGACGAGGUCUAUGCAGCCGAGGUGAACAUUUCCAUAAUUUUGACCGAUGCUGUUGCUGCGGCCGCAUUUUAUGCUAAUCGGCCGUGGGCAAUGCUUAUGAGCUCUGCUGUUUACAAAAGUAAGAUGUGAACCUCGUUUCAAAAUCAUACAACGGAUCGGCGUACAUUUCGCGUGCGCUUCUCUUGCAAGGAACACACUUGCCCCGCGGACAUGGAUUGUUGCAGUAGUAAUGAUGGCCACACUCGCACAAAUAAACAAGCCUCAUUAUUCUCACUCGGAGGCUUGCCAAAUGCGUUUACAGCAACGGCUUGCAGAGGCGUUCAUCCACAAGUGGAUAGAUAAAUUGCUGAUUACAAUGAAGUCACAUUGUGAACACUCAAAUAUAUAAAACUUUAAUUAUAUUUAA